AUGUCGUUGGUGUAUGGACUGUUGCGCUAUGUUGGAAUACUAUGGGCCGUGUCUCAAAUCAAUGGGCCAGUCUCAAGUCAACGGUUUGGUAAUAACUCCUCUUUGCAACAAUGCAGAUGCGCUAUCUUGACUGAUAUCUGUAUGGUGACCGGUCUUGCGAUCGUAUCUCUUUUACAAGGGAUGAUGGCUCUUCGAGUGUACAUACUCCUCGAGAAAUCGAAGUAUGUUCUUGUGAUCCUUGUGGUGGGUUUCUUGAUCACCCAAUCCGUCACAUUCUCUAUCGUCAUAUCCGAGUCCUUGGUUGCGCGUAGUGGAAGCAUUGUGACACCAGCAAACGAAGCCAUUUCUGGUAUAACUUCCUGCAACAAAACGUCGUCCGAACCUAAGCAAUGGGUUUGGCCGUUAUGCUGCUCCGCCCUUAUGGUGUUUGAGCUGAUACUGAUUGUUUUAUACUUGUACUCUGCUGUAUUACAACUAAAGCGGCCAUUGUGGACGUCUAUCAGACGCUCCGCUGGCGCCAUAGGAAUGUUUAUUGUUAAACAGAGUCUGAUAUACUUCAUUAUCGCAUUUCUUGUAUUACUGAUUACUGCUGUGGGUCAAUCCCCUACACUUCAAUCGCUUGUAUCAGAGCCCACAAUGGGUUCUAUCAAGGAGUAUGAGACGGCUCCUAAAAAAGGGCGAUUCGAUCCCUACCGGCGCAGCCAUGUGCCACUAUUUCAAGUUCCAAUCCUCUUCAGCCAUGGAGGCGACAAUAUCGGUGACACCCUUCGCCGAUACGGUGGUGUAGCUCAAGAUCAACGUCAGACAACCGCGCGUCAAAAUCUAAAACACAAAGUGUUGCACUCUCGCGAACGCGACAAUCCAGGGCUUGGGAUGCGGCUCGGAGGGAGAGGAGUGCUUGCUCUCGAGCGGGAGGUUCUAUAG